GUCGAAACCAGUGUUUUAUUAUGUGAAUAGUGGAAGCGGUUGAUCCAAGUAUUUUGGUUUGACCUGUUUCGUGCUAAUGUUUUAUGGGAAGUAGUAUUAGUUGUAUCACAGAGAUAGAUAUGGCUAAUAAACUAUUACCUGCUGCUGUCAUAGCUUCUCGCUCGAAACAUUCUGCUACAUUGAUUUUCUUACAUGGAUUGGGUGAUACAGGGUAAGUUUUCCUAAUUUGAAAGGGUUGAUUCGAUAAGGCAUGGUUGGUCAGAUUCUCUAAAGGAAUAUGUUCCGGACUACUUCAAGAUUAUAUGCCCUCAUGCGAAUUCAAUACCAGUUACACUCAAUGGAGGGAUGUGCAUGCCAGCAUGGUUUGUUGUGGUUUGUUUUUUGAUUAUUUGAUGACAAGGUAUGACAUAUAUGCUCUAAGUGAAAACGCUAAACAAGAUGAAGCAGGAAUAAAAGAGGCAUCGCUCGAAUUAGGAAAAUUCGUUGAUGCAGAAAUAAAAGCCGGAAUCCCCAUCGAGAAUAUAGUUAUCGGAGGUUUUUCACAAGGUGGCUCAGUAGCCCUCUAUAAUGCACUAACGAACACUUUACGGUAUGGUGGGGUUGUUGCUCUCAGUUGUUGGCUUCCACUCCAUACAAAAUUUAUGUCCUCACCUACACUUUUGACUAUGCCCAAGGAUGUCCCAGUUUUUCAGUGUCAUGGAUUGGAAGAUUAUACAAUUCCUUUUGCCAUGGGAAAGUUAACUCAUGAGCUUUUGAAAACUUUCCAGUUAUCUAAAUGUGAACUCAACUGUUAUCCUCAAUUAUCUCACUCGUCAUGUGAAAAGGAAAUGGGAGAUCUCCGAACAUUCUUGUCAAAAAACGUACCUGGUACACAGUAAAUUUGUGUGUGUUAGGUGUUACUCAUUCGUCGUUGCCUGGAGUUAAAAAAAUGAUAUGUUUUUGAAGAAUGAGUUCCAGUUCUGAAUUUUCCUCCUUCACUUCCAAUGUACUAUUUCCUGGCACAUGUUUGAUAUGUGUUUUAUGACCCCAUUACAUGGGUCUCUCAUACUCUUAAUGUUUACAGCUUUGUUUUAAAAGUACCGUUACUAGGGGUUGUUUAUGUAUGUCUUAAAUACUUCCUUUAAUUCAGUAAAAUAUAACUUUUAAUGCU